GUGAAACUGCAAAAUCACCUGAAACAGAAAUUAAUUUCCACUCACACCACUCAAAUGGGAAACUCCCACGGCCAUCGUCAUAACGGCCGUUUGUCCAGUGAAACGCCAGCUUCUCCGCCCUUUAUAUAUCAACAGUCACCACAGGUUCCCCCACCUCUCAACCAAACCCCGAACACCAUGGUAACCUGUUUGCCUUAUGCUCACGUGGAUUCCAGCCUGCGAGCCCUUGCCUGCCAAGCUGAAGGGUUCGGUCGUCUUGCUAUUGGAGGUCUCCACGGAGCUCUCUAUAAGGUCACUUCCCUAGCAGAUGAUGGGCCAGGAUCACUAAGGUAUGGAUGUCGGCAGAAAGAGCCACUUUGGAUUGUCUUUGAAGUGUCAGGCACAAUUCAUCUUAGGUCAUACUUAAGUGUCUCAUCUUAUAAAACUAUUGAUGGCCGGGGUCAAAGAGUAAAACUCACUGGCAAAGGUUUGAGGCUGAAGGAAUGCGAGCAUGUUAUUGUAUGCAAUCUAGAGCUGGAAGGUGGCAAGGGACCUGAUGCUGAUGGCAUUCAGAUAAAACCCAAGUCAAAGCACAUUUGGAUAGAUCGUUGCAGCCUUCGUGAUUUCGAUGAUGGGUUGAUAGAUAUCACACGAGAAAGCACAGAUGUUACUGUUUCUAGGUGCCGUUUCGCACAGCAUAACAAGACAAUGCUCAUUGGAGCAGAUCCAUCUCACGUCACUGAUAGAUGCAUUAGGGUAACCAUUCACCAUUGUUUUUUUGAUGGGACACGGCAGCGGCACCCUCGUGUUAGAUUUGCCAAAGUACAUAUAUACAAUAAUUACAUGAGAAACUGGGAUGUUUACGCUGUUUGUGCCAGUGUAGAAUCUCAGAUAUACUCCCAAUGCAACAUUUUUGAAGCUGGAAACAAGAAGGUUGCUUUUAAGUAUCAUACUGAGAAGGCAGCUGACAAGGAGGAACCAGGGAGUGGCUACAUUAAGUCUGAAGGAGACUUAUUUAUAGCUGGAACUCAAUCAGGGUUAAAGUCAGGAAUUGGAGAAAGCUGUGUGUUUCACCCAAGUGAGUACUACCCCACCUGGACUGUGGAACCUCCUACAGAAAUACUUAAACAGGUCCUCCAACAUUUCAGUGGAUGGCAGUGUGUUCCACGGCCACCUGAUACAAAAUAAAAUCCACUGCACUUUAAGUUCUGGUGAAGUAUAUAUUAUACUUAAAUAAUUCUCCUACGUCUUCCCUCCAAGACGUUUGUUGCCUCUACUAUGGAAUGUUUCACCCAAGUCCCUGAAAUUACGCCUUUAGACUACGUUUGAUAUGGCAUAGUGCAAUACAAUCAGUCGUGCAAUGUGUGGAAAACUAUAAUGUAAUUACCUGUAUGUCCCUAGUUUGGUUAAAAAAAAUAAACACUUAUGUAAUGUAAUGGCUUAAUAGUUUUUAUCUUAA